AUGGAAGGAAAAGGAACAUUGAGAAACAAGCAAGUAGUGUUAAAACAAUAUGUGAAAGAAUUCCCAACAGAGGCUGAUUUUUAUGUUAAUCCUAAUUCAAGAAUUAUCCCAUCAAUUCCUGAUGGAACAAAAGCUGUUUUGCUGAAGAAUCUCUACUUGGCCGUUGAUGCUGACUUACGUCGCCGAUUGUCUAAUUCUGAAGAUUAUUACUCUGAGGAAGAUCAACAUGCAGAUAACAUUCAACUGCAGCUUCAUCCCAUCAAACGUGGAUCAGUUAUAUCAGGUUACGGCGUGGCUAAAGUCUUCAAGUCUACUAAUCCAAAUUUUAGGGAAGGCGAUUAUGUCUGGGGAGUUACUGGUUGGGAAGAAUAUACUUUGAUAAAAGAUGAUCCUCAAUUUCUAAGAAAAAUCAAUCGCUUCGACGAUACGGUUUUAAAAUUGUCGUAUUACACUGGACUUCUUGGUAUUGGAGGAUAUGAAGCUUAUCUUGGCAUUUCGUACGUAGCAGAACCUAAGCAAAGGGCAGUUUGUGUAUAUCUCAGCUGCAGCAGGAGGCAUUGUCCAAAUGGCAUUGACUUAUAUUUUGACAAUGUGGGAGGCCCCUUGUUGGAUGAAGUGCUACUGCACAUGAAUGCUAAUAGUAAGAUCGUUGUUUGUGGAAUGAUAUCUCAGUAUAGUCUUGAAAAACCAGAUGCAAUGCUGGACCGUGAAAAUAUAAACUAUAAGGAAGAUCAAACUGAUGGAUUGGAAAAUGCAGCAGCUGCUUUAAUUGGAAUAUUUCAUGGGGAAAAUGUUGGCAAGGGAGUCAUCGUCGUCGCUGAGGACUAG